AUGGAGGCGCUGAACGGCCCCGCAGCGGGGCCCGGCGACGCGCUGAGGCCGCCGCCGCCCUCGCCCGGCCACCACCACCCGCACGCCGAGAAGAAGCGGCCGCACCGCGCCCCGUCGCCCGCCAGACCCUUCCUCAAGGACCUGCACGCCCGCGCCGCCGCCAAGCCGCCGCCCGCGCCCCCCAAGUCCCCCGGCCUCCCCGCCCGGGCGCCCUCGUCGCCGCACCCGGGCGCGCACCAGCCCUCGGCGGGGCUGCUGCCGGCGCCGGGCCGCCUCUCCCGCCGCCCCGCCGCCCCGGGGGGCAAGGCGGCCGCCGUCCCCGUCACCGCCGUCGGCAGGGCGGGCGCCAAGGCCGCCCCCUGCGCCAAGCGGGCGGCCCGCGGUCCGGAGCCGGGGCCCGGCGGCCGGGGCGCGGGGCGGCAGCCCGGCGGGGAGGCGGCCCCGCCGCCCGGCAAGGGCAGGAAGGCGAAGCGGGGAGCCGCGGCGGGCAGCGGCCAUGCGGCGGCGGCGCUGGCCCGCGUCGGCCACACGGACAGCAGCUCCGACCUCUCCGACUGCCCCUCCGAGCCGCUCUCGGACGAGCAGCGCCUGGCCCCGGCCGCCAGCAGCGACGCCGAGUCCGGCACCGGCUCCAGCGACCGAGAGCGGGAGCAGCCCGCCGCUCAUCCCGCCGCCCAUCCCGCCGCCCAUCCUGCCGCCGAGCAGCCCCGCACCGGCCCCGGCCCCGGGCGCGGAGCUCCGGCGGCCCUCGGCUCCCGCGGGGAUGCGCUCCCUGCGGCCACGGGCGGGGCGAGAGCCCCGAGCCGCGGGGAGCCGCCGCCGGCAGCCCCGGAGGAGCUGCAGCGGGAGGUGGAGGAGCUGCGCUCGGAGAACGAGUACCUCAAGGUGAGCAUCGCCCGCGGCGGGGAUGGGAAGGGAUGGGAAGGGCAGGAGGCGGCAGCGGUGGAAACGCGGCCCCCUCCUGCCCGGGAAUGCGGGGACCGCGCUGGGAAGGGGGGAAGAACAUUCGCGCUGCCUGGAGUCACCUCCCAUGGGACCCCCGCCCUCGCUGGACCAAAUGCCGAAUUUUACCCGCAGGAGGGAAAUAGGGGCAGGGAGAGCCAGCCGGGAGCCUCGGCCCCCUCCUCCCCCGCCCCACGAAGCGGGAGCGCGGCGCAGCUUGAGGACAGCUAA